AUGUCUCUCCUUCUGUUCUUUGAUAGUCUGGUAGCUAACCUAGAAGAGCAGUCGUCCCUAUUCAGCGCAAUCGGAAGCAUAUGCAGCAAAGGUCUUGCGAGAGCUACAUCAAAGUCAAAAAAUCGAAGGAAGAGCAUCCGGUUAGUGAAUCCUGCAUGCAUGCGUCACCGUGGGAGGGUGGGUGGGAGGCAGGCAGUUUAUCAUGCUCUACAGAAGGGGGCCGAUGAAAGCACAUUAGAGAGAAUGGUGGUUCUGGAUGAUCACAUUCUUCAGCUGCAGGAACAGCUUACUGACCUCAAAGGCUAUGUUAAAAGGGCGCGAGCUGAGCUGGCAACUCUGCGUGCGACUCCCUUGGCUUUUGACCUCCAAAAGAGCAUCAACCAACUUCAAGUGGAAAAGGAGACUACAUUCGCGAUUCUAACUCAAGCCCGGGGCACCAGCGCGAGAGAGGUGGAUGAGGAAGGCAGAACCAUCACCAAAAGAGUAUGGGAACGCUGGCAGAAGCGUGUUAAUUUACGGAGGAAGGUAUGUCGCGAUUUGUGGAGAAGAUGUCUAGAGAUGGUGGAUAAGGAUGUGACUCGAGAAGAGCUCUGGGGGCAAGCUAAAAUAUUGAUGGGCCUUCACCACCUCUCGUCAGUUCCCUUUCCAGUGUACGGUGUUUAA